AUGGACCAAGAACCAACCAAUAAGGAACAUUAUCAACGCCUUGUUGGAAGGUUGAUAUACCUGGCACACACAAGGUCAGAUAUUGCAUAUGCUGUGAGUGUGGUUAGUCAGUUUAUGCAUUCGCCCAGUGUUUCUCAUAGGAAUGCAAUUGAUCGGACCUUAAGAUACUUAAAGUCAGCCCGUGGGAAAGGAUUAAUGUUCUCAAAAAAUAGAGAUCUUGAAGUUGUUGGAUAUACAUAUGCUAAUUGGGCUGGUUCCAUCACAGAUAGAUGCUAUACUUCUGGUUACUUUAAUUCGUGGGAGAUGUCAGACCUGAUUAGACGUCGUAGGGCGGUGACGACCACGCAGAGUUCGGAGCCCCCGACUCAGCCGACAUCUGCUGCCACUGCUCCGACAUCUGCUGCCACUGUGCCAGCACUGAAGGACCACUUGGCAGUUGGACCUGCAGGGUCCCAGGCGCCUGCCUCAUCAGCGUCAUCAGUGGCGCAGCCUGUUAGCGCCAGGCGGCGUCAUCGGCCCGCCAGCACCACCGACACCACAUCCACUGAUGCGUCGGGGUCACAGCCAGUACCAUAA